AUGACCGUGUUUCUGGGCAUCUAUAGGGCCAUCUAUGCCUAUGAGCCGCAGACGCCAGAAGAGCUGGCUAUCGAGGAAGAUGAUCUGUUGUACCUGUUACACAAAUCUGAUGUUGACGAUUGGUGGACAGUAAAAAAAAGAGUGAUUGGCUCUGACAGCGAAGAACCUGUGGGUCUAGUACCCUCCACUUAUAUCGAAGAAGCCCCCAUUUUGAAGAAGGUGAGAGCCAUUUAUGAUUAUGAGCAGGUGCAGAAUGCGGAUGAAGAAUUGACGUUCCAUGAAAAUGACGUUUUUGAUGUACUCGACGACAAAGACGUGGACUGGCUCUUGGUAAAGUCUACCGUAUCUAACGAAUUUGGUUUCAUACCAGGCAACUACGUCGAGCCAGAAGAAGUAGCCGCUCCUAAGCAGGAACAGGCCGCAGGCGCUGCUCCUGCUCUACCUGGCAGCUUUUUACCACCACCUCAACAUAGUGAUAGAGCUCACGUUCUACAAAGUAAACAAGACCAAGUUCCAGCGGAGGAGCAGGAGGAGGAGGGUCCUCCUCCUGCCAUGCCCGCAAGACCAACAACUACUACUGAAAUGACUGAAACUACUGCUACAGCCAUCCGAUCCCGUAGUCGACUAUCGCAUAGUGAUGGGGGCAAUGACAACGGAGAAGAAGAAGAAGAAGAAGACGAUUUCUACUAUAACAGCAACGAUAACAGUGUCGGAAAUCAUGAUUACAACACAGAGUACCACUCUUGGAAUGUCACUGAAAUCGAAGGCAGAAAGAAGAAAAAGGCCAAGCUAUCAAUUGGCAACAACAAAAUAAACUUCAUUCCUCAAAAGGGCGCUCCUCACGAAUGGUCAAUCGAUAAAUUGGUCUCGUACGAUAACGAAAAGAAACACAUGUUCUUGGAGUUUGUUGAUCCAUAUAGAAGUCUCGAACUACAUACCGGUAACAACAAUACGUGUGAAGAGAUCAUGAACAUCAUUGGCGAGUAUAAAGGAGCUUCUCGUGAUCCCGGCUUAAAAGAAGUUGAGAUGGCGUCCAAAUCCAAAAAAAGAGGCAUCGUGCAAUACAAUUUCAUGGCUGAAUCUCAAGACGAAUUAACCGUAAAGUCAGGCGAUAAAGUUUAUAUUCUGGAUGCUAAAAAAUCUAAAGACUGGUGGAUGUGUCAACUGGUGGACUCAGGAAAGAGUGGUCUCGUUCCUGCACAAUUUAUCGAACCUGUUCGUGACAAGAAACAUACCGAAUCUACAGCUAGCGGCAUAAUCAAAUCUAUCAAGAAAAACUUCACCAAAUCUCCAUCUAGGUCAAGAUCAAGAUCGAGGUCCAAAUCCAAUGCUACCGCCAGUGCCAGUUGGAAGGACGAUGAAUCUCAAAACGAUGCUACCAAUAGCACUGUCGGUAAAAGAUCGAGGAAAAGUUCAUUGUCCUCACAUAAGAAAGGCUCAACAAAUGCUAAGGAUUUCCCCAAUCCAAAGAAAUCGCGCUUAUGGGUCGAUAGAAGUGGUACUUUCAAGGUGGAUGCCGAGUUUAUUGGAUGUGCCAAGGGUAAAAUCCAUUUACACAAAGCCAAUGGUGUCAAGAUUGCUGUUGCCGCUGAUAAACUAUCUAAUGAAGAUUUAGCGUAUGUGGAGAAAAUUACCGGUUUUUCUUUGGAAAAGUUUAAGGUUAGCGAUGGCUCUUCCUCUCACGGCACCGAUUCAAGAGACUCUGAAAGAGAAAGGAGAAGAAGACUAAAGGAACAAGAAGAAAAGGAACGGGAUAGAAGAUUGAAAGAACGUGAAUUGUAUGAGUUGAAGAAAGCUAGAGAACUAUUAGACGAAGAAAGAUCAAGGUUGCAAGAAAAAGAAUUACCCCCAAUAAAACCACCAAGACCAACUUCUACUGCUUCCGCUUCCAACAUGACUUCCAUACCAAGCACCGAAAACGGCAACAACAACAGUAACGGUAACAAAUAUGACUGGUUUGAAUUUUUUUUGAACUGCGGCGUAGAUGUUAGCAAUUGUCAAAGGUACACAAUAAAUUUUGAUAGGGAGCAAAUUACUGAGGAUAUGACGUCUGAUAUCAAUAACUCAAUGCUAAGAACUUUAGGUCUGCGUGAAGGUGAUAUUGUUAGAGUAAUGAAAUAUCUUGAUAAGAAAUUCGGAAGAGAAAAUAAUUCAACCAUCCCAACAAACGCGACGGGAAAUAUGUUUUCACAACCAGAUGGUUCGUUGAACGCAGCCACAGGCGCAGAGACUCCAUUGCCUCAACAGCUGUUACCGCAAGCGACUGCCCCCACUCCCUCCGCCUCUUCAGAGACUGAUGAUGCUUGGACUGUCAAGCCGGCUUCCAAAUCGGAAUCUAAUUUACUCUCUAAAAAAUCAGAAUUUACUGGUUCCAUGCAAGAUUUAUUAGACCUGCAGCCGCUGGAACCUAAAAAGACUUCUACUACAACGCCUGAACCAAACUUAAAGGAAUUGGAACCUGUGAAGACUGGCGGUACUCCUGCUGCUACUGCUUCCGCUCCUGCUCCCUUGGAUCCAUUCAAGACUGGUGGUAAUAACUUUCUACCAUUAUCUACUGGUUUCGUGAUGAUGCCAAUGUAUACUGGGGGUGCUAUGCUACCAAUGCAAAGAACCGGUGGUUUCGUCAUGCCACAAACUACUUUUGGUAUGCAAUCACAAGCCACUGGUGGUAUCUUACCUGUUCAAAAGACGAACAAUGGAUUAAUCGCCAUUUCUAACACUGGCGGCGCUAUGAUGCCACAAACUACAUUUGGCGCAACACCCACCGUCUUACCUCUACAGAAGACAGGAGGCGGUCUAAUACCAAUUGCCACUACAGGGGGUGGACAAUUUCCGCAAACUUCAUUCAAUAUUCAGGCGCAACAGCAAUUUCCAACAGGUUCAAUAUUGCCCGUGCAAAAAACGGCUAAUGGCUUAAUUUCUGCCAAUACUGGUAUCUCAAUGCCAUCUUUACAAAUAACUGGUGGAGCUAUGAUGCCCCAACCUCAAAUCAUGGGUGGAGCUAUGAUGCCACAACCUCAAAUCAUGGGUGGAGCUAUGAUGCCACAACCUCAAAUUACGGGUGGAGCUAUGAUGCCCCAAACAUCAUUUGGCGUUUCGCAACAACUAACAGGGGGCGCAAUAAUUGCCCAACCUCAAAAUACGGGAAGCGCUAUGAUGCCUCAAACAUCUUUCAAUUCCCUGCCACAAAAUGCCGCGGGGGCAGUGAUGCCUUUACAAAGGACUGGUGGUGCCUUAAACACUUUCAACACAGGUGGUGCCAUGAUUCCUCAGACUUCAUUCAACACUCAACCUCAAAUCACCGGCGGAUUCCGACCACAAUCCCAGUUCGGUUUAACCUUGCAAAGAACAGGAGGUAUUGCACCUUUAAACCAGAACCAGUUAACUGGCGGAGCCAUGAAUACUUUCAACACUGGAGGUAUUCUUCAACAACAGCAGCCACAGAUUAUGAAUACCUUCAAUACUGGUGGUGCUAUGCAGCAACCACAAAUCAUGAGUACGUUUAACACCGGAGGUGCUAUGCAACAACCACAACAACAAGCAUUGCAGAACCAGCCUACUGGAUUUGGGUUUGGUAAUGGCCCCCAACAAUCAAGACAAGCAAACAUAUUUAAUGCUACUGCAUCAAAUCCCUUUGGAUUCUAA